AAACGGCCGAAAUCCAGAGCUCGAAGAGGGCAACCACUUACAUUCAUUUCAUUGUUGCUUGGACGUGGCAGCCAUGACGUGAUUUUCUGAAUUUUUUUUGUUGAACCAGAUUACACUAUUAAUUAUAAAAAGAAUUGUAGUUUAAGGGAAAUACGUGCAUUAAUCGUAACAGCAUCGUUUGCAAGCGGCUCAAUUAAGUGUUAACCGAAAAAUCCAGUGCGUAAUAUAGUUUAGAAGUGAGUGCAAAAAUCUGAAAAUUAUCAGAAAUAUUGUAGUGUAAAGUGAAAAUAAGAACAUUGCAAUAUUCCAACAACAAGAAACGAAUCAAAACGUAACAGCAGAAAUCAAAGAGGACGACGACAAGCAAAGGCACAGUAAUCCAACAAUCAAGCAACUACAAUAAGCCCAAAAAUAAACAAGACCAACAAUCGCCGCAGCUGCUGCAGUAGCCCCAAUAAAAGCGUCCGUCGUCCAAUUUGAAAGCUUAAAGCACCUCUCCCCAUCGCACUUUCCAACACUGCACUGUGGAGCCUAAGCAGGCAGUGAGCGAGAGGGCGAGAGCGAGCGAGCAACAGCUGAUUGGGAUAGUUGCUGUGCUGCUGUUGGGGAAUCUGCGCAGAGAGAGAGAGAGCAAGAGCAAGAGCGAGAGCGAGAGCGAAACUACUACGUGUGACGUGUGUGGGGGCAUACAGGUGGCAGAACAGCUGUUCCAACAACAAAAAAGCAAUACAACAAAUAUCCAUUUUUCUAGAAUAUCCCAUUACCCCGACUGCAGUUGUUCCACGUAUAAAAAACAUCAAUCAAAACAACAACUGAAAAUAAAAAUCAAGUGAAGCAAUCAUCACCAGCAAGCAACAGCAUCAACAACAAGCAACGCAUCUUCCAGAAGCACCCUUCCAGACGUCCAAACGUUCCAAUUUGUGCGCUUCCUUCCUUCCUUUGUACCCGUUUGGUCUAUCACACGGGUCGGUUUUCCAUUAUUUUGCAACACUGGCUGGCCAAGCGUUCUGUCCUGCAUCCUCUCACCUAUUGCCAUUCACCGUGCAACGGCACAUCCUCCAUCCAUAGAAGGAACGGAACAUUGAAAUCACAGUUUGCACAUCCAUCCGAUUGAUCUGAUCUGGUUCGAUUCGAUUUGCGGCUAAUUGCGCGCACGUUAUGACCAAUUCGAUUGCGUCAGCAAAAUGCCUGCCCAAUGCACUCUCGUCUGGCAAUUAUGGUAUGUCGCAAAGCCACCGUUACACCGAUGAUAGCAAGGAGUACAUCAUAGUCAAGCUCACCGACUCCGCCUUCCGUGCAAUCGAGGAAUACCAGCGGGACGACAAUGCCAAGCGCCUGCAGCCCGGCCAGCGGGCCAAGAUCCAGUUCAUUGGCAACACCGGCGUCAUACAGUUCCCCUCCCGCCCCUCGACGACCGAGGGCCAUAGCAGCAACAACAAUGGCAACAACAGCAACAGCAACCUACCUUCUGGCGGCAGCAGCAACCCUGGUGGCAGCCACAUGGACGCAAAUGGCGGACGCAAGUUUGGUUUCACCAUCAACAACAUGGAGGGUACCCUCGAGUGCGUCCAGCAGCAGCAACAGAACCUCGGCGUCCUCGGUGCGGUCACGCUCCGGAUGCGGAUACAUGCCAACGACGAUGUCUACGAUACGACACGCACGAAAAUGGCCAUUGCCGAGGAGACGGAGAAGAGCAAGUGCAUACGGGAGAUCAAGCCAAAUCAGUCGGAUAUUGGGCGUAAGGUGAAGAAGGCCCCAUCGUCCUCAUCCUCCCUGUCCGGAUCCGCUACGGCUUCGAUGACGACGACGACAGCAUUUCAUCAUCACAGCAACAGCAACAGCAACAACAACCACAGUGGGAACAACAACAGCAACAACAGCAGCAGCAGCAAUAGUUUUAAUAGCAACAACAACAACAACAACAACAAUAGUCGUAAGUUAGGUUCAUCGCCAUUUAAUGGUCUAGGAGUAGGAGGAGCAGGAGCAGGAGCAGGAGUAGGAUCAUCAUCGUAUGCCACAUCGUAUGCCGCCGCCACAGCAUCACAGCGAUCGCCAAAUCCGAGUACGCUGGGUGGCAGCGGCACAGUCAAUGGCGGUGGAGCGUCGAGUCGCUACCACAGCAACACCAACAGCAACAACUCGGCCUCCUCGCUGGCCUCAACAUUUGCCAAUGGAAUAUCGCAGGGCUACAACAUGAGCGGCAGCUCGCCGAGGGACAGCCAACCAAUCAACAACAACAGCAGCACCAUCAGCAGCAGCAGCAUCAGCAGUAGCAACAUCACCAACCACACAACAACCACAACCUCCGCCAUAUCCACCUCCUCGACAAACGGACGCAGCAAAAUGGUUAGCGGAGGCGGCAGCAACUCGAGGAGCGGCAACAACAAGUCAUCCGGUGGCAACAAGAUGUCAGAUGUGUCGAGGCGCACCAUUCGGGAGCGCCUGAUCCACUUGCUGGCGCUCAAGGCGUUCAAGAAGCCGGAGCUGUUCGCUCGACUGAACAACGAGGGGAUACGGGAGCGGGAGCGCAACCUGAUUACCAGCAUACUCAAGGACAUCAGCACGAUGGCGCAGAACACGUACAAUCUGCGGCGCCAGAUGUGGAACGACGUGGACGAGAACUGGCCGUACUUUAGCGAGCAGGAGGUGCAGCAGCUGAAGCGCCGCAAGCCCCAGAAUCUGACACCCCCGAUGAGCUCCGAUGCGGGCAGCUCGACCUCCGGCCAGAGUCCCACAUCGACGCAUACGGGAAGCCCACCGCCGCAUGGCAAUGGCGGGGGAGUGGGUGGCGGUGGCGGCGGCAGCCUGAAGCGCACCAGCCUGGAGUACGACGAGACGAUGUUCAGCACUGUGCAGCCGAAGAAGCAGCGCAUCAGUCACUACAAGAAGGACACUCCGCCCUCGGCCACAUCGUACCCGUCCUCCUCCUCCGUGUCCGUGUCUGCCUCUUCCUCCUCGUCGAACCGGAACCGCUACACGCCACCGCAGCGACAAGGGGGUCCGCUGGACGAUCACACAAGCGGUGAUCUCAGCUACAAUGUCCUGGACAACAUGGAGGAGUUCAUGAGCUCAACGGCAGCGGCGGUGGCAGCAGCGACGCAUCAGCAGCAGCACCCGAGGAGCAAUAGCAGUAGCAGCAGUAGGCGUGGCAACUCCUCCCAAAACGGUGGAAGCGGUAGCGGCAGCGGCAGCAAGGACAAACGCAAUUCAACUGGCAGCAAUUCCAGUAGUUCCAGCGGCUAUGAGACACAGCUGGAGCGCAAUCGGACGACGACGGCGGCGACGGCGAGCAUGCCAGCGAGUCGCAACAGCAAAUCCUCGACAACGCCGCCCAAGCUGGCGACCAGCUUUGUGCCAGCAGCCACCGGAGGGGGAAAAGGAUCUGGAUCUGGAUCUGGAGGCAAGCAACGUUCUUCGGCGGCGGCUAAUCUGCCACUGCAGCAGCAACAGCAUCAGCAGCAGCAGAGCGACUACAACUCGUACAACAACAACACCCAUGCGGCCUCCAACAGCAAGAAGCGUACGAGUAGUGCAUCAUCGUCCAACGACAGAGGCCAGCGCCAGAGGAGCUCGAACUCAAGCUCAGGCUCCUAUCAACAGGUUCCACCUCCCUCCUCCGCCACCGUCUCCCGUUCCGCAUCGGCGUCGUCCGUCCACCAGCACCAGCAACAGCAGCAGCAGCAACAACAGCACCAGCAGUACCAUAGCCAUCAGCAGCAGCAGCAGCAUCUGCAGCAGCAUGGAGCUCCGGCAGCCAGCAGCGCCCAGCACCCAUCGCCCACACAGCAGCUGGCGGCGGCUACCCAUGCGUAUGCGAACGCCGAUGCCGAUUCGUCCUCGAGCCCACGCUACGACUUCAGCCAAUACGUUCCCAUACAUUCACUGGAAGUACGUAGACGCUACAAGACUGAAUUUGAGAGCGACUACGAUGAGUAUCGCAAGCUGCUGACCCGCGUCGAGGGCGUGCGCAACCGCUUCCAGACCCUCUCUGAGCGCAUGGACAGCGCCCGGCGUAGCGACAACGGCUGCGGGGACUACGAUCAGAUCAAGCGCCAGAUUGUCAGCGAGUACGAGCGCAUCAACAACGAUCGCACCAUCCGCGAGGACAAGCAGCGGUUCGACUACUUGCAAGCCAAGCUGGCCCACAUCAAGCAGCUGGUUACCGACUAUGACCAGACAUUGAUCACAUUGGCGGCUACGCCUGCUCCAACGCCUGCGCCCGCACCGGCACCGGCACCGGCACCUGCUCACGCUCCUGCCCAAGCACAAAUGGCGGCGCGACACGCGGAACAGCAGCGGAGACAGCAGCAGCACCAUGCGGUGGAGACGAUAGAACAGCAUCAUCCUCAGCAGCAUCAUCCUCAGCAGCAUCAGCAUCAGCAGCAACAGCCACAGUCGCAGUCGCAGGAGCCUCAAAGCGAUUCGGAUGACAGUUCCGAAAGUUCGGAUUCCAACGAUGAUGAUGAUGAUGAUGAGAACUGCGAAGAUUCCAACUCCAAUACCGACGACGAUCAGAACCGCGACCGCUACUGAUACACACACAACUACUUCGAUGAUCCGCGUAACCCUCCCUAACCCAAACUCCCUCUAACCCCUAACCCCAUGUAAAAAGGCAAAACAAACAAACAAACAAAAAA